CUUGAAAGAGCUCUUGAAAGUUGUCUUGAAAGCUUUGGUCAAGUCUAAGUGUGAAAGUGACAGUGUGUAACCUAACCAUGACGAUGGAUCAUGAUUUGGAGCAGAGUGUGGGUGAUGGCAACUCCACCAGCCACGGCAAUACUAAUACUAAUACUAAUGCAAGUAAUGCAAGUGGUGCCAUGGAGAAUGAAGAAAAACGGCUGCGCGAUCAGACGAGUCGCAAUUUAGCCAAGAAGGAGAAUCAAGCGGUUUUCAUGUUGAGAAUUCUGGUCAUGCUCUUGCUGCUCACUGUCACCUCUGUGGUCUUGGUGGGAGUCUACCUGUAUUCUACGGGAGCUGAGCAGAAAGACUUUGAAGAAGGAUUUGAAAUCCAUGCUGCGCAACUGGCAGAGUCUAUGGGAAAUUCAGUGGAACGCAAGUUGGUGGCAUUCGGGUCUUUGGCUACUGCUUUGACUAGCUAUGCCAAGGCCACUGGAGCGCAGUUUCCCUUUGUCACUCUACCCGAUUUUGCAGAAAGAGUCUCUGAAACUAGGGUUCUCGGUGACAUCCCAUCUGUCCUCUGGAUGCCCUUGAUCACCGAUGCAAAACGACCUGCAUGGGAAGACUAUGCUUUCGCCAAUAGAGGAGCAGUCACCCAAAACUUUGAAAAGGAUAAUCUUCUCAGGCAAGAACAGGACAACUACUUUCAACAGAUUGCAAAUGCUAAUACCAAUGGCAUGAACCGCCAGCUACAGCAAGAAGAGCAAGAGGUGGAUCCAAACAUCAUACAGGAAGGAGGUGGCUACAUUUAUCAUCUCAGGAUCUACAAUCCCAUGGGCGGUUUGGUGGAACCCAAUGGAACUGGACCCUACCUUCCUGGAUGGCAGGGAUCACCUGUCGGUCGCUACCGUGGAGGCAUGAUCAACUUCAACUGGGACAACGCAUUGGCAUUCAAAGGGGCAGACCUGGCCAAAACCUUGCUGCAAGAACAGGAACCAAAAGUCAUACACCAUGCAAUGGCUGUCCCUCAGCCACAGUUCAGGGCGGGGGUCACUGACUUUCUCGAACGCAGUCAAUAUCGAAACAGAUUGACCAACUACGUAGAGGACCCACUGGCGUUUGUCACCUACCCCGUCUUUGAUACGCUCAACUCCACCACACGCAACCCGGUCGGGAUACUCGCUGCAAACACAUACUUGAGAGUGUACUUUCAAGGUGUACUACCCUCCAGGGCAAAAGGCAUCAUUUGUGUAUUGUCCAACACGUACAACCAGACUGUUUCCUAUCUCGUCAAUGGACAAAAUGCUACAUUCCUAGGUACAGAAGACGUUCAUGAUCCAAAGUAUGACCAUAUGGAAGUGGCACUGGACGUCACCACCUUUGUCAAAAUGAGAUCCAGUGCCGAAACAAGGGCAUACUUGACUGUGCCACUGCACGACACCAUUGGACGAUACUACCUCAAGGUUUAUCCCACCGAUGAAACCAAAGCCGAAUACACUACCAACAAUCCCAUCCUGUACACUGUCAUUGUGGGAUUGAUCUUUGUACUCACCGCACUGGUCUUUGUCAUCUUUGAUAUGUGGGUCGAGAAGAGGCAGAAUGUGGUCAUGAAACGAGCUGUGGAAUCAGGAGCCAUUGUCAACUCACUCUUCCCAGAGCAAGUACAGGCACGACUCUACGAAGACAAACCCCAAGAAAAAACACAAGGCAACGGCAAAUGGAAGGCAAAGGACAACCAAGACCAUGGACUUGACGCUGUCGAUACCGAGAAGACGGGCAAACAGCUGAACCGAGGCAGUCAGAUUGCAGAUGAAUACGAGAACUGCACUGUACUCUUUAGCGAUUUGGCAGGCUUCACUGCUUGGUCCUCGGCUCGCACCCCGUCGGAAGUCUUCGAGUUGCUAGAGACUCUGUUUAAUGCCAUCGAUGCCAUUGCACUCCGGCGCAAGAUCUUCAAGGUGGAAACCAUUGGUGAUUGUUGGCUAGGGGUUUGCGGCUUACCAGAACCCAACCCGAAGCAUGCUGUGGCCAUGGCAAGGUUUGCAGACGACAGUAGGAGGAAGGCGCAAGAAAUCUUCACGUCUCUGACGGAUCAUCUUGGGCCAGACACUGCCACACUCCAGUUGAGAACUGGCUUGCACAGUGGUUCGGUAACUGCUGGGGUGCUACGAGGACAGAAAUCUCGCUUCCAGCUCUUUGGUGAUACGGUCAACACUGCCAGCAGGAUGGAAUCGAAGGGCGAAGCAAGUCGUAUUCACGCAUCGAAAACAACGGCGGAUGCACUCAUCGCCCAAGGAAAGGGGCACUGGCUCAAAGCUCGAGAGGACAAGAUUGUGGCCAAGGGCAAAGGGGAGAUGCAAACGUAUUGGAUUGACCCAAGCCAGGACGUGACAUCUUAUGCUCCAUCAACCCAUCUCAGUGUCGACGACACUCGGAGCGAGGACAAUGAGGCACAUAACCACCAAGCCAAUGAGACACAGAGCCAGGCCCACGAGACACAGAGCCAGGCCUGGACCGUUUGUGAAGUGUGAUUCCGCUCCUUGGCUGCUUUUCCCAUGAAGCACUUCUCGCCAGUUGAUUCGGGAUUCAGCCUUUGUGACGCUGCAGCUCUCGGGCCUUUGACAACACAUCCAACCAGCUCGUCGAUUACAUAAUUUCUCUAGUGAAAAUGUUCUGUUGU